GUUAAAAUCAUACUAGGUAAAAAUUUGAAUAUACCAACCACUCAAUUAACAGGCAAAUCACAUAGUGUAAUACGUAUUAAUAAUGAUGAUAAUAUCUCGCAUAAUGAAUCUAGGCAAUCUAGAAACUUACCAAAUGAGCUUUAUGAGACUCCUCAAUAUACCAUUUAUAGGAAGCGAGCUAUCAUCGA